ACACACGUGUUGUUGCCCAGCCAUUGGGACUCGGUACUGCGAAUUUAAUUGAAUUUAUUUAUUCAUUGGAAGGAGUGGACGUCAAACUGGAACCACAUAAGCAGGAAACGAAGAGCAAAGAAACUUCAAACUUAUACUUUGUGAGCUGUUAGAAGCUUGAAGAACAGCAAACAUACCAAAUGGUUGUGAAAGAAAUGCCAUCAGGCAAGAAACAGAAAAAGCAUAAACUUGCCAGAGAUGAUUCUGAUUGUAUUGAAACUCCAAGUGUGGAAAUUCCCCAUGACACCCCAGUAAAUGAUAAUGCCAGUACACCACAUUCAGCGUCACUCAAGAAAAGUAAGAAAAAUAAGAAGAGUCAUGCUUCAAGUGGUGAUAACAUUACAGAGCCAGACCCAGUACCACACUCACCUGAAAAGAAGACUGGCAAGAAGCGGAAAAGAGAGCAAAUAGACGCGUCCGCUGAGGGGUCGCUAGAGCAAUCGGCGCCUAUUGAUGCUUCAGAGAACGUGAAACCAAAAAAGAAGCGGAAGAAGGAACGCAGUGAAGACGUCGGAAAUGAACCCGUCUCCGACGAGGCCAAUGACACUGUCGAAGGACAAACUUCACCUGUACCGUCGGAGAAGAAGAAACCACGCUCCAAGAAAGGCGAAAACCCUGUAAAGCCGAAAGACCCGAAGCUGGAAAAACGCACCGUGUUCGUCGGUAAUCUCCCGGCGAAGACGAACCGCCGCGACCUGAACCGCUUCUUUGCCAAGUACGGUAAGGUGGAGUCAGUGCGUUUGCGCAGCGCGCCGCGGCUGGAUGCUCAGAAGCCGAUCCGGAUGGCCGUCAUCACGCACCGGUUCAGCGAGGACCGCUCGUCGAUCAACGCCUACGUGCGGUUCACCACGGAGGCCGGUGCUGAAAAGGCCGCCGCCGAGGCCAACGGUCAGCUGUACGAGGAGCACCACCUGCGCGUCAACAUGGCCAUGUCCGAGUCGCGGCCUGACCCUCAGCUGGCCGUGUUCGUCGGUGGCCUGCCGCUGAACGCCGAGGACAACCAGCUGUGGUCGCACUUCGCCGACUGCGGCACCAUCGUCAGCGUGCGCAUCGUGCGCGACCGCGAGACCUCGGUCGGCAAGGGGUUCGGCUACGUCAACUUCAGUGCGGAGGAGGCGGUGCCGCGCGCGCUGAAGCUGAACGGCAGUCAGCUGGAGGGUCAGACGAUCCGCGUCCAGAGGUGCCACGCCACGGCGCGUCCCAAAGUGGACCGGAUCACCGGCAAGAAGCUGCGGAAGGCUCGCCCCGAGGGUGAGAAACCGGCGCCAAAGGCGCAGGAUAACAUGCUGGCGCCGGUCAACAAAUUCUCAGGCGAUGCUACUGCAGAAUCCAAGUCGUCACUGAAAAAGAAAAAGGGCAUGAAGAAGAAAGAGCGCCGGCCUGACGGAAGGAGCCAGAAGAGGAGCCUGGCGCAGAGUCUGAGCAAGACGAUCGCGCCCAUGCCGAAGGCGGUCUCCGUGCCUUCGAUCUCAGUAGGAGGCGUGACGCCGCAGAAUAAGAAAAUAAAGUUCGAUUUCGGCGACGAUGAUGGCGCACCGGACGCAAAGAAGACCGAUUCCGAGAAACUGAAGGAGAUCAAGAUGAAGAAAGAGGCGAAAAGGAAGAAGAAGGCAAAGGAGAGCGAAGCGAAAAAGAAAAAGAACAUUGUUGAACCCCUGACCAACAUUUUGCCAUCAUAGUUGGUACGUUUUUCUGGCCGGGGAUUUUGUUGCUCUGAUUGACAAAAAUAUUGGCAGUGCUCGCAGUUCUGAGAAGUAUCUGAUUCAUUGGAUCUGUGAUACCAAUGUUUCGGGGCUUGCAACUUCGUUUCGCGCUAAUCGCUGAAUCGAUGGGUAUACAAAUACAGCGCAUGUGUCUUGUA